AUGUGCAGCAAACAACUCGCGACAAGCCUAAAGUUGGUUCUAACAAUUGACCCCGAAUGCCGCAUUACGGCGGCUGCUGGAGCAAAUAUCAACUGGGUUGAUGAGGCAAAAGUUGCAGAUGAUGAAAGAAAUCUUCUCUAUAUGAUGGAACACGACCUUCUGAACACCUGGAGUCUCGGGACGCUACACGGUAGUGGGCUGUCCCUCGGUUCUGGUGAGGCGCCACUUUUGGACUUUGAAUUAGCUCCUUUGUACCUCGCUGGGUGGACCGGCCUUUUGGGCCAUGCCAAUAGCCCAGACACCUUCUUCGUGCUAAAUAUGUAUACUCUGCACCAGUACUGUCUUCUUUCGUCUUCAGGGAGUCUCGGGGCGCUACGAGUACGACUGAUGAGCACAGAUAACCAAGGUUUGGAGGGGAUUGGUAUUCGUCUCCUUUUCAGAGAUUUGAAACGUGAAGCCAGCAUUUGUCACCUCCUCAAGCAUCCUCACAUUGUUGAACUUGUCGAGACUUACAGCAGUGAUGGCAUGCUCUAUAUGGUUUUUGAAUAUAUGGAGGGAGCGGAUCUUUGUCAUGAAAUCGUCAAAAGAGCGACUGCUGGUUUUAUCUACAGCGAAGCCGUUGCAAGCCACUAUAUGAGGCAGGUCCUUGAGGCCGUUAAAUACUGCCACGAAAACAAUGUAGUUCAUCGCGACCUGAAGCCUCACUGUGUUGUUCUGGCUAAUAAGCAGAAUUCCGCACCUGCCAAAAUAGGAGGAUUUGGAAUAGCAGAUCAACUGAACCCCGACAUCGACUGUUUUCCUGAUGGGCGCAUUGGUACCCCACACUAUAUGAGCCCGGAAAUGGUGCGACACGAGCCUUAUGGGAAACCUGUAGAUGCAUGGAGUUGUGGAGUGCUCCUAUCAGUCCUCCUUGGUGGCUCACUGCCUUUCUACGGAACUCGUGAGACUCUCUACUCACAGAUUCUCGAUGGUCAAUAUAGGAUGAAUUCGAAUGCGUGGAAUGCCAUUUCUUCUGAGGCCAAAGACUUGACUAUGCGGCUUCUUGAUGUUGAUCCAAAUCAUCGCAUGACAAUUGAGGAGGCCCUGAGACAUCCUUGGAUAGCGCAGAAAUCGCGAGCUCCCAAAACGCAUCUCCAUGCUACAGUUGAAGCCAUGAAACACUUUAACGCACGCCGUAGGCUUAAGAACGCAAUUCUUGCAGCUGUUUCCAGUACAAAAUGGGCGAGUUUUUACUCGGUUGCUAGUGGUUCUCAUGCAAGUGAAGCAGUCGAAGAUGAUGAGGUUACAUCUGCAGCUGUGAGUUUGAUACUUGACAGUCUGGAGGAAAUACAGUGUCUGACGGAAACUGGGCCUGAAGCGGUAGGACGGAAGGAAUUAGCAUUUCAGGACCAGCAACUCUGUGACCUCCUUGAGCUUUAUGAUUUAAUAAACAGUAAUCCUCUCUCCCCAAACGUAACUCUUCCUGAUAACGCUACAGCAAAGGCACAAGACGUUAUUGGAGAGUUAACUGCAACAGUUUCCGAAGAUUUCGUCCAUGACGCCGACGAGUUAAGAUACAUACUUACUCUGCCGCACUUUCGAGCUUUGAUACGAGCUCGUGACGUGAUUGCGCACGACGUGUACGGUGAAGCGGCGAUCCGGGUGACCCCUCCACCGACAACCGUCUUUGGCACAUCCACGACAAAUGGUGAGGAGGGAGGGAACGAUGAUAUUGAGGGGCCUACGGACUCCGGACAUCAUGUGACCAGGGUUCGUCUCGUCCAGUUUCAAAAGACUACAGAUGAGCCAAUGGGAAUUACGCUCAAGUUGAAUGAAGAGGACAAGUGCAUUGUUGCUCGAAUAAUGCAUGGUGGGAUGAUACACCGGCAAGGCACCCUGCAUGUCGGAGAUGAAUUGCGUGAAAUAAACUCCGAACUUGUCCAUGGAAAGUCAGUGGAGUACCUUCAACGCCGUUUGCGAGAAGCACGUGGAAGCGUUACCCUCAAAAUCGUUCCCAGUUAUCGCACCAACCCCGUUCAAUGUGAGAUAUACGUUCGCGCCAUGUUUGACUACAAUCCUGAGGCGGACGAAUUAAUUCCAUGCGCUCAGGCCGGAAUUCACUUUCACGUGGGUGAUAUUCUACAAAUUAUUAGCAAAGACGAUCAUAAUUGGUGGCAGGCAAGACUUUGGGGUUCGGAUCCGCAAAGCCCCGCAGGCCUUAUCCCGAGUCCGGAAUUUCAAGAAUGGCGAGCCGCCAGUCGCGCAGCCGAGUGUUCCCACGGACAUGGCGAUCAGCAAGUAGUUAAUUGUGGCUCAUGGUUUACGAGGAGGAAACGAGGAAAUCACGGUUCAGGACGCUCAGCCAGUGAACGCGCUCGAUACUCAGCUAUAUAUGACCAAUUAGACCUGUAUACAUAUGAAGAAGUUGUUCGUUUGCCCACAUUCAGAAGGAGAACGCUUGUACUGCUUGGCGCACAUGGAGUUGGGCGGCGACAUAUAAAGAAUUGUCUUAUACAGUCAGCCCCCGAUAAGUACGCCUAUCCGAUUCCGCAUACCAAUCGUGCGCCCCGUAAAGAUGAAGUUUAUGGAAAAAACUACUACUUUGUAACGCAAGAAGAGAUGAUGCAAGAUAUUACAAAUAAUGAAUACCUUGAAUAUGGUACCCACGAACAAGCUAUGUAUGGCACUAAGUUGGAUACAAUCAGACAGAUACAUGCGGCUGGGUUGAUUGCGAUUCUUGAUGUGGAGCCACAAGCAUUAAAAGUGUUACGAACCGCCGAGUUUGCUCCAUGUGUCAUCUUCAUUGCGGCGCCUGAUCUCAACACAAUUUUCUCGGACUUAAAUUGUCCAAACGACGGAAGUCUUGAACGUCUGGCGCGAGAGAGUCAGUUAUUGGAACAGCAUUUUGAGCACUUUUUUGAUAUGAAAAUAGUUAAUAACGACAUGGAGGAAACAAUUAAAAAACUGCAAGCCGGUAUUGAAGAGUUACAAACUCGACCACAAUGGAUUCCUGUUACAUGGGUCUACUGA